UUGUUCUUCAAUUUAUUACUUUAUUUUUCAUUAUUUUCUUUAUCAUUAUCAUAAAAAAAUUUGUUAAUCUUCCCGCUGGUUCAAUUUAAAAAACCAAAUCAGCUUUCAACUUUCAAUGCUGUUCGCGCCGGUUCGAAAACGAUGUCGUUGUCCACCGCCUCACCUCCACCGUCGUUAGAAGACGAAUGCUUACAUCACGACAGUGACAGUUACAACGUCAACGAUGACGACACUUCGUUCGGCGUCGUUUCACUAGACGAGGAGGGGUUCCCGUCACAAGUCCCACUCGAAGACGCUUCACCAAACGAAUCAGAGAAGAGCACUUUCGCCGCCGAUUUCUAUCGCUGCGGAUCCGAUUGGUCGUCUCUGUUGUCGCCAGAAGUUCAUAAACAAAGAGAUCCCGCGCGUGAUUCGAUAUCUUCGGGGAAGAAAUUGAAGCAAGCCAAUCUCUUUCAGAUUUGGGGAUUCAAAAGAAAUGUUGACGUUGGUUCUGUUGAAGUUGAACCUAAUCAAGGUGGUUAUUGUGAUGAAGUAGGUGAGGGUAGUGUUUCAUCUGAGAGGAAGAUUGUUAAACCUGGAAAUUGGGGUUCGAUUUUGCGUGAUAAAGGGAAAGUGGUUGAGAAUCCAAAAUCUUCUACCAAGAGAAAGAGUUUUUCUGGAGAGAAUAGGGUUACACGUUCCUGUCCUUUCUAUAAAAAGAUGCCAGGAACAAACUUCACAGUUGAUGCUUUUCGUUAUGGAUGUGUUGAGGAGUGCUCAGCUUACUUUCUUAGUCAUUUCCAUGCCGACCACUAUGGUGGUCUUAGCAAAAAAUGGUCACAUGGCCCUAUUUAUUGCUCUCCUCUUACUGGACGGCUAGUUCAAAUGUGUCUCUAUGUAAAUCCUUCGUACAUCUUCCCUUUAGAAUUUGACACUGAAUAUGUGAUUGAGGGUACCAAAGUGACUUUGAUAGAUGCUAAUCAUUGCCCUGGUGCAGCUUUGAUCCACUUUGAGCUCCCAAAUGGACAAUGUUAUUUACACACUGGGGACUUCAGAGCUUGUAAACUAAUGCAAGGCUACAAUCUAUUUGUAAAUAAACGUGUGAAUGUACUAUAUUUGGAUACUACAUAUUGCAACCCAAAGUACAAGUUUCCUUUCAAGGAAGAUGUACUCAACUAUGUUGUCAAAAUUACAAAGAACCACCUCAAAAUGCAUCCCAGAACUUUAGUGGUUGUUGGAGCAUACAGUAUUGGCAAAGAAUGUGUAUAUCUUGCAAUUUCUAAGGCGCUUGGGGUAAAAAUCUAUGCAAAUGCUUCAAGAAGAAGGAUACUGCUAGCUUAUGGUUCGCCUGACUAUUCAGAUAGACUCUGUACAAAUGGAAAUAACACACUUCUCCAUGUUCUGCCCAUGUCAUCUCUGAGAAUUGAGACUUUGAAGGAAUACUUGAAGACCUACAAGGAACAAUUCACAUCAGUUUUGGCAUUUCGGCCAACAGGUUGGACUUUCAGUGAGAAGAUAGGCAACGAUCUGGAACUAAUUAGACCUGUUUCCAGAGGAAAUAUCACAACAUAUGGGGUUCCCUACAGUGAGCACUCCAGCUUCACAGAACUGCGGGAUUUUGUUCAGUUUUUGAGGCCCGACAAGAUAGUUCCUACUGUGAAUGUUGGUAAUUCUGCUAAUCGAGAAAAGAUGCAAUCUUACUUUGGAGACUGGUUGAAGAACUAAAGUCCUCCACUGUUCUUUAAAAGAUCGUGUUGCGGGAACCUCACGUUUAGUGCUGCUUGAAGGUGAUACGGGGACAAGAACUUUUAUGAGACCGCAUGCGGUUUUUUCUAAAAAAAAAAUUGGUUGAACUUCAGUAUUCUUCCCAAUUGUUUUGUGCUAAAAGUCUCCUUGGAAGAUCCUACUCUGCAGUAUAUGCAACAAUUCUUCAUCAACCAAAAUAUGAAAUAAAAUGCUGUACUUAGGCAACAUAUGCCCAUUUUGAACAUUCUUUUCACCAUUGUAUGUCAAAGAAAUGAUAGCAUGGUGAAAAAUCGUAGGCAAUAUUUCUUGGGAGUUUACGACACGAUUCCUAAUUAAAUUCCAAAUGAGACAGACCCAAAGUAGUAAUUGACAAUUGUAGUUGUUGUAUUACGUAGAAACUUGUUAUAUGUAUCCAUGGUAGCUCUUGCUAUAGUUAUUGAUAUGGCGGUGGGAUUUUAUUUUGUAGUAUUUUGAGAACUACACUAUUGUAUAUUUGUGUGAUUUAUAUGUAAUGACGAGUCAUUUUUUUAUCUUUA